CGGGCCUCGGGGGCCGAGCUCGCCUGCGCGCGGCCGCCCAGCCGCAGCGCCAGAGCCGCGGACCCGGCGCCGAGCGCGGCAGACGUGCACUCGCGCAACCCGCGCCGCGAUGGGACACCUGUGGCUCUUGGGAUCCUGGGGCCUCUGGGGGCUGCUCCUGUGCGCCGCGGACCCCGACCCAGAUGGCUCCAAAAUAAUUCCCAAAGUCACAGAAAUAAUACCUAAAUAUGGCAGCAUAAAUGGAGCAACAAGGCUGACUAUCAAAGGAGAAGGUUUUGCUCAAGCAAACCAGUUUAACUAUGGAGUUGAUAAUGCUGAGUUGGGAAACAGUGUGCAAUUAGUUUCUUCUUUUCAGUCAAUUUCUUGUGAUGUAGAAAAAGAUGCAAGUCAUUCAACUCAAAUUACAUGCUAUACUAGAGCAAUGCCAGAAGAUUCCUAUACUGUUAGGGUCACUGUGGAUGGAGUUCCUAUUACAGAAAACAAUACCUGCAGAGGUCACAUCAAUAGCUGGGCAUGCAGCUUCAAUGCAAAAAGUUUCAGAACCCCGACAAUAAGAAGCAUAACACCUUUAUCGGGAACUCCAGGUACCCUAAUAACAAUCCAAGGCAGACUCUUCACUGAUGUCUAUGGAAGUAAUACUGCACUGAGCUCAAAUGGGAAGAAUGUUAGAAUUUUGAGAGUUUAUAUUGGAGGAAUGCCCUGUGAGCUUCUCAUACCACAAUCUGACAAUUUGUUUGGUCUAAAACUAGAUCAUCCAAAUGGAGACAUGGGGUCCAUGAUAUGUAAGACAACAGGAACUUACAUUGGUCAUCACAAUGUCAGCUUCAUCUUAGAUAGUGAUUAUGGAAGGAGUUUCCCACAAAAAAUGGCAUAUUUUGUUUCUUCUCUGAAUAAAAUCUCGAUGUUUCAAACAUAUGCAGAGGUCACCAUGAUUUCACCUUCGGAAGGAAGCACUCAGGGAGGCACCAUGCUAACAAUAAGUGGACGGUUCUUUGAUCAGACAGAUUUCCCAGUCAGAGUUCUAGUUGGAGGUCAACGCUGUGAUAUUUUGAAUGUCACAGAAAACAGCAUUUGUUGCAAGACACCCCCUAAACCUGAUAUUCUCAGAACUGUAUAUCCAGGUGGGAGAGGCCUAAAGCUCGAGGUAUGGAAUAAUAGCCGGCCAGUACAUCUUGAAGAGAUACUUGAAUACAAUGAAAAAACACCAGGGUACAUGGGUGCCAGCUGGGUAGAUUCAGCUUCCUACAUUUGGCCCAUGGAGCAAGACACAUUUGCUGCACGGUUCAGUGGAUUUUUGGUGGCUCCAGAUUCUGAUGUUUAUAGAUUUUACAUCAAAGGUGAUGACCGUUACGCUGUUUAUUUCAGCCAGACUGGCCUUCCAGAAGAUAAGGUGAGGAUUGCAUAUCAUUCUUCCACUGCCAACAGUUAUUUUUCCAGUCCAACACAAAGAUCAGAUGAGAUUCAUCUUCAGAAAGGAAAAGAAUAUUAUAUUGAAAUCUUGCUGCAAGAGUAUAGAUUAAGUGCUUUUGUUGAGGUUGGACUGUACCAGCAUAGAAGUGUCUAUACUGAACAACAAACAGAAGACUCAGUAAAUGAAGAACAAGUUAUCAAAUCCCAGUCAACAUCUGUUCAGGAAAUACAGGUUAUAACAUUGGAAAACUGGGAAACAAUGAAUGCAACGAGUGAAGUUCAGAAAAUCACGGUAACCAGCCCGUGUGUGGAAGCUGAUUCAUGUUCACUUUACCAGUAUAGAUUGAUCCAUAACAUGGAAAAAACUGUCUUGCUACCUGCUGAUGCUUCUGACUUCAUACUGCAAUCAGCCUUAAAUGAUCUUUGGUCUAUUAAACCGGAUACAGUUCGAGUAAUAAGAACACAAACCCCCCAAAGCUAUGUUUACAUGGUAACCUUUAUAUCAACUAGAGGAGACUUUGAUCUGCUCGGUUAUGAAGUAUUUGAGGGGAGUAAUGUCACACUGGAUAUUACAGAACAAACUAAAGGAAAACCCAGUUUGGACACAUUCACACUGACUUGGGAUGGGAUCACUGCUAAGCCUCUUACCCCAUGGUCAUCAGAAGCCGAAUUUCAGGCAGCAGUGGAAGAAAUGGUUACAGCCAAGUGUCCACCACAAAUUGCAAAUUUUGAAGAAGGACCUGUUGUGAAAUACUUCAGAGACUAUGAAAAUGAUUUUAACCUGGGACCUAUUAGAGGACAGAAGACGGCUGAAACUGAUGCUUUCUGUGGUCGUUACUCCCUGAAAAACCCAGCUGUUCUUUUUGACUCAGCAGAUGUUAAACCAAAUGGACGACCAUAUGGAGACAUUUUAUUAUUUCCUUAUAAUCAGUUAUGUCUUGCUUACAAAGGAUUCCUGGCAAAUUAUAUUGCUGUAAAAUUUCAAUACCAAGACAAAAGCAAGAUUACUAGAAGCACUGAUAUACGAUUUACAUAUAACUUUGCUUAUGGAAACAACUGGACCUACACUUGUAUAGACCUCCUGGACCUCAUACAAACCAAAUGCACUGGGACAAACUUUUCCCUUCAAAGGAUUAGUUUACAGAAAGCAUCAGAAUCACAGUCUUUCUAUGUAGAUACAGUAUACAUUGGAGAGACAUCUACAAUUCCAACAUGGGAUGAAAUGCCAAAGAGAAGACUUCCAGCACUAGCAAAUAAAGGAAUAUUUUUAAAGCACUUCAUGGUGAAUCAGACUAAAAUUAAUGGAUUAAGUAUGAGCAACCAAUAUUCUGUCACCAUGACUUCAUUCAAUUGCAGUUAUAAUAUACCCCUGAUGACUGUGAGUUUUGCGAAGAUAAUCACAAAUGAGACUGAGAAUGAGUCUGUUUACAGAGGAAAUAAUUGGCCAGGGGAGUCAAAGAUUCGUAUUCAAAGAGUUCAAGCAGCGUCUCCACCUCUGAGUGGCAGCUUUGACAUUCAAGCUUCUGGACGUAUUCUCAAAGGCCUCCCAGCUGCUGUGUCAGCUGCAGAUUUACAGUUUGCUCUCCGGAGUCUGGAGGAAGUGGGACAAGUCUCAGUUACACGAGAAGGAACCUGUGCUGGAUAUUCAUGGAACAUCAAGUGGAGGAGCAAAUGUGGAAAGCAGAAUCUUCUACAGGUGAAUGAUUCCAACAUCUUUGGAGAAAAGGCUAACAUGACAGUUAUAAAGAUAAAGGAAGGUGGCUUAUUCAGACAACGCAUACUUGGAGACCUACUUCGUACACCCAGCCAAAAGCCACAGGUUGAAGUCUUUGUCAAUGGAAUUCCAACUAAAUGUUCAGGUGACUGUGGGUUUACCUGGGAUCCCAUGACUACUCCCCUAAUCUGGGCCAUGAGCCCUUCUCAAGGGUCCUAUGAAGAAAGCACAAUUCUAACCAUAUUAGGCUCUGGAUUUUUUCCUAGUUCAGCAGUAUCAGUCUCUGUUGGACCAGUAGGUUGUUCUCUUCUUUCUGUGGAUGAAAAUGAAAUCAAGUGCCAGAUUCUGAAUGGAAGUGCUGGACAUUUCCCAGUUGCAGUGUCCAUAGCUGAUGUUGGACUAGCCCGGAAUAUAGAGGGUGAGGUAUUCCACUUCACUUAUCAGAGCCAGAUCUCGCACAUCCAGCCUGCUUCUGGAAGUCUAGCAGGUGGUACUCUUCUAACUUUAUCUGGAUUUGGCUUUAAUGAAACUUCAAAAGUAUUAAUUGGAAAUGAAACCUGCAAUGUGAUUGAAGUGAAUUUGAGUAAGAUAACCUGCAGAACACCUAAAAGAAUUGAGGGCACAGUUGAUAUUUCAGUUAUUACCAAUGGAUAUCAAGCUAUCACAAAGGAUGCUUAUAGUUAUAAUUGUUUACAGACUCCAGUUAUAACUGAUUUUAGUCCAAAAGUACGGACAGUAUUAGGAGAAGUUAAUUUAACAAUUAAGGGUUACAACUUUGGAAAUGAGCUCACACAAAAUGUGGAAGUAUAUGUUGGAGGAAAACCCUGCCAGAUCCUUCAUUGGAACUUCACAGGCAUUAGAUGCCUUUUGCCCAAGUUGUCUCCUGGAAAACAUGGUAUCUAUGUAGAAGUCAGAAACUGGGGUUUUGCAUCAACAAGAGACAAGUUAAAUGCUUCUGUAUGGUAUAUUUUGGAAGUGACCAACAUGUUUCCACAGAGAGGCUCUUUAUAUGGUGGAACUGAAAUCACUAUAAUGGGCUUGGGGUUCAGCCCGAUACCAGCUGAGAACGUGGUGCUGCUGGGGUCCUUCCCUUGCAAUGUGACAUUAUCAUCAGAAAAUGUCAUAAAAUGUAUUCUUCAUUCAACAGGAAAUGUGUUCAGGGUUACCAACAAUGGGAAAGAUUCAGUACAUGGAUUAGGUUAUGCCUGGUCACCGUCGGUCUUAAAUGUAUCUGUGGGAGACACAGUGACAUGGCACUGGCAAGCACACCCAUUUCUUAGGGGAAUAGGAUACAGCGUUUUUUCUGUCUCCAGUCCUGGAAGUGUAAUUUAUGAUGGCAAAGGAUUUACAAAUGGAAGAGAAAAAACUGCAUCAGGUUCAUUUUCUUACCAAUUUACUUCACCUGGAAUCCAUUAUUAUAGCAGUGGGUCUGUUGAUGAAGCUCACUCCAUUUUUCUCCAAGGAGUCAUUAAUGUUUGGCCUGCUGAAUCCAGGCACAUUCCCCUGCGCCUGUUUGUGGGUGGCACUGAAGCCACAUAUGCCCAAGGAGGACCAGUGAGUUUGCACUUGGGAAGCUCUGUGGAAGGCUGCCUAGCAACAGAACCCCCAUGUGGCCCGAAUAAUACCGAGCUUAAAUAUUCACAUAGAUUUCUUUUUGAGCUUUCAAGUUGUUUUUCACCAUCUAUAAGCAACAUUAGUCCAUCUACCGGAACACUCACUGAAUUGGUAACAAUUACGGGGUGUGGCUUCAGUAACUUCUCAUGUGCUAAUAAGGUUACAAUUGGUAACUACCCCUGUGUUGUAGAAGAAAGUAGUAACACUUCCAUUAUGUGUCGUAUUGACCCUCAAAACUCAAUGGAUGUUGGUCUCAGAGAAAUCGUCACAUUAACUGUCUACAACUUGGGUACUGCAAUCAACACACAGUCCACUGAAUUUGAGAGGCGAUUUGUACUUUUGCCAAACAUUGACAUGGUGUUGCCAAAUGCAGGGUCAACUACAGGAAUGACAAAAGUGACCAUAAAAGGCUCUGGGUUUGGCGUUUCCUCUGCAGGUGUGCAAGUCCUUAUGGGCCAUUUUCCAUGUAGAGUCCUGUCAGUAAAUUACACAGCCAUCGAAUGCGAAACAUUUCCUGCUCCCCAGCAGCUUGUGGAAGUAGGUCUUCUGAUACAUGGAGUGCCUGCCCAGUGUCAGGGGAACUGCAGCUUUUCAUAUUUAGAAAACAUCACUGCUUUUAUAACAAGAAUUUCCUCAAAUUCUAUCAAAGAUUCUGUAAAAGUUCUCAUUGAAGGAGAAGGUUUUGGCACCGUCUUGGAAGACAUUGCUGUUUUCAUUGGAAACCAACAGUUCAGAGCAGUGGGUGUUAAUGAAAAGAACAUCACUGUUCUUGUGACUCCUCUCCCGGCUGGACUGCACGCUCUCCAAGUUGUGGUGGGAACCAAAGGCUUGGCUCUGGGGAACCUCACUGUCAGCAGCCCUGCGGAAGCAUCUGUCACACCGACUUCGGGAAGCCUUGGGGGUGGAACUACUUUGGUGAUCACAGGAAAUGGCUUCUAUCCAGGCAACACCACAGUCAUUGUUGGGGAUGAACCUUGUCAAAUUAUUUCUGUCAACUCCAGUGAAGUUCACUGCUGUACCCCAGCAGGGACAGCUGGAAACGUCAGUGUGGAAAUCUUUGUUAAUGCAGUCGCUUACCCACCUCUGUCAUUUACAUAUGCCUUUGAAAAAACUCCACUUCUCAGAGGAAUUGUCCCGAGUACAGGUCCACCUGGAACCAAAAUUAAGAUCACUGGAUCUAAUUUUGGUAUUGAUAUCUUGGAUAUUUCAGUGACGAUAAACAACAGCCAGUGUAAUGUGACCAUGGUCAGUGAUAGUGCAUUACAGUGCAUCACUGGAGAUCACGCUGGUGGCACUUUUCCUGUUAUGUUGCAUCAUAAGACAAAAGGCUCUGCGGUGUCCACAGUAGCAUUUGAGUACCCUCUUACCAUUCACAGUGUUCACCCAAGCCAAGGGAGCUUCGGUGGUGGUCAAACCAUGACUGUGACGGGCACUGGGUUCAAUCCACAAAAUUCAGUUGUAAUAGUGUGUGACUCAGAAUGUGCAGUCAAUAGGCUUAAAUCUGAUUACACAACAUUAUUAUGUGAAACUCCACCUAAUAAUGGCGGGGGCCCUGAGCAAGCCUGUGAAGUGCGAGUGGCCAACGGGAAGGAUGUGUCACAGUCCACAACUCCUUUUAUGUACACUGAGUCACUGACUCCGCUCAUCAAGGAAGUAUCUCCCAAGAGAGGCAGCACGGCGGGGGGCACCAGACUCACAGUCAGGGGAUCGGGCUUCAGUGAAAAUAUACAGAAUGUUCUUGUCACCAUUGCUGAAUCCAAAUGUGAUGUUGAAUAUUCCAACAAGACAUACAUCAUCUGCAUGACAAACACCCACACUCCUUCAGGGUGGGCUCCAGUGAAGGUCAACAUCAGAAGAAUUGGCAUGGCCAAACUGAAUAAUGCUGACUUCCUAUACGUUGAUGCUUGGUCCUCCAACUUCUCCUGGGGAGGAGAAUCUCCCCCAGAGGAAGGGUCACUCGUUGUUAUUACAAAAGGACAGAUAAUUUUGCUGGAUCAAAACACCCCUAUUCUGAAAAUGUUGCUUAUUCAGGGUGGAACUCUAAUAUUUGAUGAAGCUGACAUUGAGCUCCAGGCAGAAAAUAUUCUAAUUACAGAUGGAGGCAUUCUUCAGAUUGGGACUGAAGCAUCCCCCUUUCAACACAAGGCAGUCAUUACCUUGCACGGGCACCUGCGGUCUCCUGAGCUCCCAGUAUAUGGCGCCAAAACGCUGGCCGUGAGAGAGGGAAUCCUGGAUCUGCACGGUAAUGCCGCUGAAAGGGCUCUGGGAAUUUGGUCCGGAAGACACCCACCAGGAAACCAGAGACACACUGAUUUUGAUCUUCAUGAAAGCUUUCCCAGUACCCUUCUGACUAUCAGCAUUCUUCACUUCUUGCAUAUCACCAAGUUCACUGGACACAGUCAACACGAGAAUGAGAAAAGGACCAUUGCAUCUGUGUCUGCAGAUGGUAUAAACGUAACACUAACUCAUCCACUGAAUUACACGCACUUAGGAGUCACUGUCACACUCCCUGAUGGAACUCAGUUUGAAGCAAGGGCAGAAGUUGGAAUUCUUACCAGAAACAUUUUAAUAAAAGGAUCUAAUAAUGUGGAGUGGAAUAACAAAAUUCCAGCAUGUCCUGAUGGAUUUGACACAGGUGAAUUUGCCACACAGACUUGUCUCCAAGGAAAGUUCGGGGAAGAAAUAGGGAGUGACCAGUUUGGAGGCUGCAUGAUGUUUCAUGCACCUAUUCCUGGUGCUGACAUGGUGACUGGAAGAAUAGAAUAUGUAGAGAUAUUCCAUGCUGGCCAGGCUUUCCGGUUGGGGCGAUAUCCAAUACAUUGGCACCUGCUUGGAGAUUUACACUUUAAAUCUUAUAUAAGAGGCUGUGCAAUUCACCAGGCCUAUAACAGAGCUGUUACUAUCCAUAACACACAUCACCUUCUGGUGGAGAGGAAUAUUAUAUAUGAUAUCAAGGGAGGAGCAUUUUUUAUUAUAUAUGAUAUCAAGGGAGGAGCAUUUUUUAUAGAAGAUGGUAUUGAACAUGGCAAUAUCCUGCAAUAUAACUUGGCAGUAUUUGUACAGCAGAGUACUAGUCUUCUGAAUGAUGAUGUGACUCCGGCUGCAUUUUGGGUAACUAACCCAAACAACACCAUUCGACACAAUGCAGCUGCUGGUGGCACACACUUUGGCUUUUGGUACCGAAUGAACGAUCACCCUGAUGGGCCAUCUUAUGACCAAAACAUUUGCCAAAAAAGAGUUCCUCUUGGAGAAUUCUUUAACAACACUGUUCAUUCUCAAGGCUGGUUUGGAUUGUGGAUAUUUGAAGAAUAUUUCCCCAUGCAAACAGGAUCUUGUACUUCUACAGCACCCGUGCCUGCCAUAUUUAAUUCACUUACUACUUGGAACUGUCAAAAAGGAGCUGAAUGGGUCAAUGGAGGUGCCCUUCAGUUCCAUAACUUUGUGAUGGUAAAUAAUUAUGAGUCUGGAAUUGAGACCAAGAGAAUCCUGGCUCCUUACAUCAGAGGAUGGGGUGAAACAAGUGGAGCAGUGAUUAAAAAUGCCAAGAUAGUUGGUCAUCUUGAUGAAUUGGGAAUGGGGCCUGCAUUUUGCACAAGGAAAGGCCUAGUUCUCCCAUUUAGUGAAGGCUUGACUGUAUCUUCUGUACACUUUAUGAACUUUGACCGUCCCAACUGUGCAGCCUUGGGAGUGACAUCUAUUACUGGAGUGUGUAAUGACAGAUGUGGAGGCUGGAGUGCAAAAUUUGAUGAUAUCUUGUAUUUUCACACACCAAACAAAGCUGGCUUUCGAUGGGAGCAUGAAGUGGUCCUGAUUGAUGUUGAUGGUUCACUUACAGGUCACAAAGGACACACAGUCAUCCCACACAGCUCACUGCUGGACCCUGCUCACUGCACCCCAGAUGCCGAGUGGAGCCUCGGGUUUCCCGGGUCUGUCUGUGAUGCCUCAGUCAGCGUCCACCGUUUAGCAUUCAACAGACCUUCUCCCGUGUCUCUCCUUGAAAAGGAUGUGGUUCUCUCAGACUCUUUUGGCACAAGCAUUGUUCCCUUUCAGAAAAAACGACUAACUCAUAUGUCUGGAUGGAUGGCUCUCAUUCCAAAUGCAAAGCAUAUUAAUUGGUAUUUUAAGGAUGUAGAUCACAUAACCAACAUUUCAUAUACAUCAACAUUCUAUGGAUUUAAGGAAGAAGACUAUGUAAUCAUAUCUCAUAACUUCACUCAAAAUCCUGAUAUGUUUAAUGUUAUUGAUAUGAGGAAUGGCUCUUCGAAUCCAUUGAACUGGACUAGGAGCAAGAAUGGAGACUGGCACCUCGAAGCAAACACUAGCACUCUGUAUUACUUGGUGUCAGGAAGAAAUGACCUUCACCAGAGCCAGCCCAUUUCUGGGACCCUGGAUCCUGAUGUGAAAGACGUUGUUAUUAAUUUCCAAGCUUACUGCUGCAUUCUCCAGGACUGCUUUCCUGUCCCUCCUCCAUCAGUAAACCCAGUUCCCCGGAAGCGACCAGACACAUAUAACUUAUGGUCAAAUGACUCUUUUUGGCAAUCAUCUCGAGAAAAUAAUUAUACCAUACCUCACCCAGGAGCAAAUGUGGUUAUUCCUGAAGGAACAUGGAUUGUAGCAGACACAGAUAUUCCACCAAUGGAAAGGCUCAUUAUUUGGGGGGUUCUAGAGCUGGAAGAUAAACAUAACGUGGGUGCUGCAGAGUCUCCUUACAGGAAAGUUGUUCUGAAUGCUACCUACAUAUCACUGCAGGGAGGUAGAUUAAUUGGUGGCUGGGAAGAUAACCCUUUUAAAGGAGAAUUACAGAUUGUUCUUAGAGGAAAUCAUUCUACUCCAGAAUGGUCUCUUCCAGAAGGACCAAAUCAAGGAUCAAAGGUCUUAGGGGUGUUUGGGGAGCUGGAUCUUCAUGGAAUUCCACGUUCAAUAUACAAAACCAAGCUCUCAGGAACUGCAGAAGCAGGUUCCAGAACCCUGUCUCUGAGGGAUGCUGUGGACUGGCAGGAGAGAGAAGAGAUUGUGAUAACAACCACAAGUUAUGAUUUCCACCAGACAGAAACGAGAAGUAUCAUUAGAAUCCUACAUGAUCAGAAAACUCUUAUUCUCAAUGAUACACUUUCCUACACUCACCUUGCUGAGAGAUAUCAUGUUCCUGGAACAGGUCAGAGCUACACAUUAGCAGCUGAUGUUGGGAUACUGAGCAGGAACAUCAAAAUAUUUGGUGACGAGUACCCUGGUUGGUACAAGGAAUCUUUUGGUGCACGAGUCCUGGUCAGCACAUUCACUGAAAAUAUGAUGACAUUUAAAGGAAAUGCAAGAAUCAGUAAUGUGGAAUUUUAUCACAGUGGGCAGGAAGGCUUCAGGGAUAGCACAGAUCCAAGAUACGCUGUAACAUUUCUUAACCUAGGACAGACUGAAGAACGGGGCCUAUCUUACAUUCGAGGCUGUGCUUUUCACAAUGGCUUUUCCCCAGCAAUUGGUGUGUUUGGGACAGAUGGAUUGGACAUAGAUGAUAACAUCAUUCACUUUACAGUGGGGGAAGGCAUAAGGAUAUGGGGGAAUGCCAACAGAGUCCGAGGAAACCUGGUUGUACUUUCAGUUUGGCCAGGAACCUAUCAGAACAGAAAAGAUUUAAUGUCAACCCUUUGGCAUGCAGCAAUUGAGGUAAACAGAGGGACCAAUACAGUCUUACAAAAUAAUGUCGUGGCUGGAUUUGGAAGGGUGGGAUACCGCGUUGACGGUGAACCUUGCUCAGGUCAGUUUAAUCCUAUGGAUAAGUGGUUUGACAAUGAAGCCCAUGGAGGUUUAUACGGAAUCUAUAUGAACCAAGAUGGACUUCCUGGAUGUUCUCUUAUACAGGGAUUUACCAUUUGGACAUGCUGGGAUUAUGGAAUUUAUUUUCAGACCACGUCAAGUAUACAUAUCUAUAAUGUGACCUUGGUUGACAAUGGAAUGGCCAUUUCUUCAAUGAUUUACAUGCCAGCUGCUGUAUCUCACAAAAUUUCCAGUAAAACAGUACAAAUUAAGAGCUCAUUAAUUGUUGGAAGUAGCCCUGAAUUUAACUGCUCUGAUGUCCUAACUAAUGAUGAUCCCAAUAUUGAACUUUCUGCUGCUCAUCGGAGUUCUAGACCUCCAUCAGGUGGGAGAAGUGGAAUUUGCUGGCCUACCUUUGCUUCAGCACAUAACAUGGCACCCCGGAAACCGCAUGCAGGGAUCAUGAGUUACAAUGCCAUCAGUGGUCUUUUGGACAUCUCAGGGUCAACAUUUGUUGGAUUUAAGAAUGUUUGUUCAGGUGAAACUAAUGUGAUAUUCAUUACUAACCCUUUAAAUGAGGAUUUACAGCAUCCAAUCCAUGUGAAGAACAUACACCUGGUUGAUACUACUGAACAAUCAAAAAUAUUUAUACAUAGGCCUGAUAUAAGUAAAGUGAAUCCAUCUGAUUGUAUAGACAUGGUUUGUGAUGCCAAGAGGAAAUCUCUUCUUAAAGAUAUGGAUGGCUCCUUUCUGGGGAAUUCUGGUUCUGUGAUUCCCCAAGCAGAAUAUGAAUGGAAUGGAAAUAGCCAAUUUGGAAUUGGAGACUACAGAAUUCCUAAGGUGAUGCUCACAUUCCCAAACGGAAGUAGAAUUCCUGUCACUGAGAAAGCACCUUAUAAAGGAAUUAUUAGAGAUCCAACCUGUAAAUACAUCCCAGAAUGGCAGAGUUAUCAAUGCUUUGGAAUGGAAUAUGCAAUGAUGGCCAUUGAAAGCCUGGACUCUGACACAGAAACCCGCAGGCUCUCACCGGUGGCAAUAGUGAGCAAUGGUUAUGUUGAUCUCAUUAAUGGCCCACAAGAUCAUGGCUGGUGUGCUGGAUACACAUGCCAGAGAAGACUUUCCUUAUUUCACAGUAUUGUAGCUCUGAACAAACCUUAUGAAGUUUACUUCACUGGCACCAGUCCUCAGAAUCUUCGACUGAUGUUGCUUAAUGUUGACCAUAACAAGGCUGUUCUGGUAGGAAUUUUUUUCCCCACACUUCAGCGGUUGGAUGUCUAUGUGAACAAUGCUCUGGUCUGCCCCAAAAAUACUGUAUGGAAUUCCCAACAGAGAUGCUGUGAACUUAAUAGACAUCAGUACACAGGAAAAUUCCUUCCUAACCUGAAUUCCACUGUCUUUGGGGAAAACUACUUUGACAGAACCCAGCAGAUGCUCUACCUUUUGGUUAAAGGAAAUAUACCUGUUGAAAUCCACACCACUGCAGUCAUAUUUGUUUCUUUCCAAUUACCUGUUGUUACAGAAGAUGACUUUUAUAGCUCUCAAAAUCUGGUUAGGAAUCUUGCCUUGUUCCUAAAGAUACCAAGUGACAAAAUCCGUGUCAGCCAAAUAACACGAGGGGAGAAUCUACGGAGGAAGAGAUCUCUGGGACUCACAGUUGAAUUGGAGAUUGGAGAUCCUCCUGCUCAGUUCAUAAGCAAUGACACCACAGGUCAGAUGCAAUUAUAUGAACUCCAAGAAAUUGCUGGUUCUCUUGCACAAGCUAUAAUUUUAGGAAAAUCCAGUAGUAUCCUUGGAUUUAAUAUCUCUUCCAUGUCUAUUACCAACCCAAUUCCCAGCCCAAGUGAUUCUGCCUGGAUUAAGGUGACUGCCCAACCCGUUGAAAGGCUUGCAUUUCCCAUUCAUCACGUGGCCUUUGUGUCCUCGCUCUCAGUGGUCACUCAGCCAGUGGCCGAACACACCGGACAACCAUUCUCUCAGCAGCCCUCAGUGAAGGCAGUAGAUUCUGAUGGUAAUUGCGUAUCAGUUGGGAUUACUUCACUGACUUUGAAGGCCAUCCUAAAGGACUCCAGUAAUAACCAAAUCAGUGGUCUUAGUGGAAAUACAACAAUUCCAUUCAGCAAUUGCUGGGCCAACUACACAGACCUUACUCUUCUUAGGACAGGAAGGAAUUAUAAGAUUGAGUUUAUACUGGAUGAUGUUGUUCGGGUGGAAUCCAGGACUUUCAGCCUCCUGGCCUCGGCUGUCUCUGGGGGCGGCGGCAGCGGCGGGGGCGGCGGCGGCAGCAGCAGCGUCAGCGUCAGCAGCCAGGCGGCCGUCAUGGGCGCAGCUGCCCAGAUAAUGACAAUAGUGGUCAGCUGUCUGAUGGGAGGAGUGUUGCUGUUGGAAUACUCACGGCUGCAGUUUUGAUUUUGAGUGUGCAUCCAGGAAGCAACUGAAGUGCUAUUCUGAAGAACAGGCUGAGAGCAAAAGUACAAGAAUUGCUUAUUUAUGAGCUAUUUUGUUUCACUGCAAGAAAAAGUCAAUAGCAGUUUCAAGAAAAU